AGAGAGAGAGAGAGAGAGAGAGAGAGAGACAACUGACACACUGAAGAAGCAAAUCUGUUUCCUGUAUUACAACUUAGUUCCUUAACAGUUGUUUUACAGCGGCAGCCGGCAAAGGUUUUUCAAAAGUAUAGGAAAAUGCAAGCAAUAAAGUGUGUGGUGGUCGGAGAUGGAGCUGUGGGAAAGACCUGUCUUCUCAUCAGCUACACUACCAAUGCUUUCCCUGGGGAGUACAUUCCCACAGUGUUUGAUAACUACUCAGCAAAUGUAAUGGUGGAUAGCAAACCAGUCAACCUGGGCCUCUGGGAUACAGCUGGACAGGAAGACUAUGACAGACUGCGGCCACUGUCCUACCCUCAGACGGAUGUGUUUCUCAUCUGUUUCUCUCUGGUGAGCCCAGCAUCGUUUGAAAACGUCAGAGCCAAGUGGUAUCCAGAGGUGAGGCACCACUGCCCUUCCACUCCAAUUAUUCUAGUUGGCACCAAGCUCGAUUUGAGAGAUGAGAAGGAGACCAUCGAGAAGCUGAAGGAGAAAAAACUGGCACCAAUCACUUACCCACAGGGUCUUGCAUUGGCCAAAGAAAUAGAUGCCGUAAAAUACCUGGAGUGUUCUGCUCUCACUCAGAGAGGUCUAAAGACAGUGUUUGAUGAGGCCAUCCGGGCUGUGCUAUGCCCACAGCCCACCAAGGUCAAGAAGAAGGGCUGCGUGCUGCUCUAAGGAUGCACGGUACAUUUUUAUACUCGUCACUGUAAAACAGGUACCAGAGAAAUCCACUGGCUUUCUCCCACAAACCAACAAGGGAUGCAACAAGGGAUUACAUUACGAAAACCUUUCUUCUCUUUUUAGAUGAAAAUACCACAUUGAUGCCAAUGAAUUAAUAUUGUUGUUGACAAUAUAUUUAAUCAUAUUUUAACUGAUAUUUUGUUAUAUUGUGACUGAUGUAGUUGAAACAUUUUAUUGGGUAAACAGUUGUGUAUUGUCUUUUCAAAACAAUAUAAAUGUGUCAACAUGUGAUCAUUUCUAGACCAAAAAAGCACAAGUACUUGUUACACAGAGUUGAUUUUUUUAGACACAUGAAUCACAUCCAUAUAAUACUUAAAUAGUUAUUUUUGGCAAAAAUGGCAAAAAUAAACUAUACAACUCUGUUUCCAGA